AUGUCAGCUUCACUAGCCCAAGUUAUACUGUUGGUAGCGAAAAAAGAUCAAAUGUUCAAACGUAUUUCAGUUGCUUCGACAGCCCUUGUCAUUUACGACUAUCUGCUGAACCUUGAUCUUGAGGUGGAGUUGAUAUGGCUCAGAAAGUUCUCGUCAACGACAGUGGUUUACAUUAUUCUGCGAUACCUUGGUCUUGCUAUUGCAAUUGCAUGGCUCCUUGGGAACUUACUGAUAUUCUCGGAUCAUCUGUCGGGAUCUGCGACUCCCACGCCCUUGACUUUAGCUCAGCAUGAGACAUUCAAGCUGUGUCAGUAUUUGAGCGCAUUUUUCGGUACAUUGGGGCCCGAUAUUAUCGUGUUCUGCGUACAAGGGAUGAUGACUGCCCGGGUGUACAUCCUACUUGGAAAACCGCGAAAAACACUCCUUAUACUACUCAGUUGCUUCACAAUUUGUCAAGGUUUUACCUUUUGUGUUACCAUUCGCAAUGUGGGAGAAUAUUUCGGGAACCUUCGUAAGCACACACAUGCUUACUGCGCACUUGGGAGUCUUCCAUGUGCUCCGGUAUCAGUAGUAAAGCUAACAAGCUAUUUGGCAUACGAGUUCAUCCUUGGUUCAUUUGCCCUGGCAUACGCAUCAAGACAACUGCCUUAUUCAAGUUCAUUGUGGAUCAACCCGGCCCGCUCAGUCAAUGCUUUGAUGUGGGUUAUCUGCCGCGAUCAUCUGGCCUAUAUAUUUGGAUUCUUCUUCGUCAUACUUCUCACCAUUAUCAGUCACUGUCUCAAACUGAAUUUUGUGAUAUCUGGCAUGGAGAAGGUACCCCAGAUACUUCUAUUCGCCGUAAUUGGUCCGUGGAUGAUCAUUAGCCUCCGAAGAAGCUACGAGAGAAAUCUGGAUGAGAUGGCGAUGGAUAAUAACGGGCUCACCGUUAUAGUUUUUGCGAGCGUUACGGAUGCAGGACAAAGUGCACAACACCAAAGCGCUCAAUGAAACGAAGUGGGUGAUUAGUUGUCGUAGCACGGCUCGAACCUGCCUAACGGACAAGGGAUAAUAUAAGUGACAUCAGUUGAAGUAGAGCUAUAGGCUGGCUCGACGUAUUCUUGUUUUCUUGUUAAUUUU